AUGGAGGACAUCCGCACCCCAGAGACUCUCAUCAAGAGGAGCAGCUGUGUGGCUCAGCAAGACUGUUGCAACACGAUCGACCGGCUGAAGAUGGAGCUCAAGUUUGCUCUCGACAUACAGACUGACAGGGGCUUCGAAGAUAAGGAGAACUGUCAACCGUCCAACGCACAGGGCUCAGAAAAUCCCAGGCUAUCCAAGACGCUGUUCCCCGCUGAGACAGACCACGAGGGUGCUGAAGCUUCGAGCGCGCAUGUUCAAGUUCUGGUGGCAGCGGAGGAGCCAGCGGAGGAGCUAGCGGAGGAGCUAGCAGAAGAAAGCUCUGCUCGUGAGGAGAAGUCAACCUGCUCGCCGGCGCUGUCGAACAAUUCGUUCGAUGGAGAGAUGCAAGCCUGGGCUGAGAAGAUCGAUGCUCUAGCGAAGAGAUUGGAGGAGGAGAAGGAUCAGCUGAAGUGUGAGCGUGAUGAAGCGUUGGACGAGCUUCAGAUCGCGAGGGAGGAGGUUCGGAGAUUGAAGGAAUAUCUACGUGCCCCAUUCGAGCCUCCCCAUCCCGACGGGAAGAUCGCAGAAAGGGAAGACGAGAACGAGAGCGAGAAGGAGCAGUUACGGAAGUGGGAGAGCGAAGCGACAGUUCUUCUUGCUUGCAUGAAUGAUGCCAAGGAAGCGAUCUGCGAGUUGUCUUCGGAGCUUCACGAGGCCAGAGAAGAGAUUGAGUCUUACAAGGCCGACUUGUCUUCCGUGAGAACGUUUGCAGUGAGGCUCGUACGAAAAGUCUUGAGUCAGCAGCACACCAUCAAAGAAAAAACAGAGACAGAAGCGAUGCUGUGUGAAGAGUUAAAGCAAGUUCAGGUCACCGCAGGGCUGCCCGUCAAGAACGUCGCCGAGUCUGUGGAGGACAGCAGGAUCGCCUACGUAGAGGAGAUCGCGCGUCUGCGAGAGGCAAGAGACUCAAACUGCUCUCGCAAGCCUGACAUUCUGAACUGA